CUGGGUGGGACAGACAGACAGACAGGUUGAAACAGUCCACUGGAGAGUCAGAGUCAUUUCCUUAUUUUACUAAAUCAAUGCAGUUAUGGCUCCAGGUGUCUUGUCCACUCUUGUGUGUGUUCUGUGUUUGAUCCUGUUCCCAGCUGUAUGGGCUGAUUACUGUCGCAGCUACGUGGACACAGAUGGUUACCAACACCAGGCUCAGCAAUGUGGCUCUCAGUACUGCUGUGGAAACUGCGAGAGAAAAUAUUGCUGCAGUAACAAAAUAUACCGAGAAAAACAAAAAAACUGUCAUAGAAGUUCUUCUGACCAUGGGGGAAAAAGCCGCAUUGCUAUGCUUGUGGGAAGCAUUUUAGGGACUAUUAUUCCAGUUAUGUUCUGUGUGUGUCUCAUCAUCUGCUGUGUGGCUCCGUGCUGUUUGUGCUACAAGACGUGUCGAAAAGGACGCAAUCGAAAUCCUCAAAUUGGGACAAACACCGCUGUCGUAGUCAACUUGCCCCAGCAGCCCCUCUCUCCCCCCGCCGGAUAUCAGCCAACCUACCCCGGCUACCAGCCCGUACCUGCCCUGCCUGAAUAUGGAAGCCUGCCCAUCCCUACAGCACCACCACCAUACAUGGAAACUAACGAUCCAGCUCACUUUCCAGGUGCAUUCCCUGCCGGGCUGCCGAUGGUGCCCUUCCCCGGCCAGCCUUAUGCACCGCCACCACAUUCAGGUGCACCGAUGGCCUACAACCCCGCUUAUGUGCCAAAACUUUAAACCAGAACUAGACCACCAUUCUCACCAUUCCCACUAGACACCAUUCUCAUGGGAGUAAGAAAUGUGUGGAUACCAUUGUGUUAUUACAAUGGAAUACAUACUUUGCAGGAUGUCAAAUUCAAAUGUAUCUUGGGAAAACUACAAUUUUCUACGAAAUCACAUUGCUAUAUCUUGCUGUUGCUUUCUAUGGGCAAACCUUUAUGAAUAAAAGCUUCAGUAAUGGACGUUUGUUUAGCAAUAUUACAUUUUAAAAUAUGGCCUCUUUUAAAUGGAAGAGUUGAAUGUUGAAUAAUGAUGCAUUUCAGAAGGGAAAUGCAAGUACCAAAACACACAUUUCAAGUCAUGAGAGAAAAAAAGAA